CCUAAUGGCGUCAUCAAGAGGCGACAGAGCCGUCAUGUUGACCAACUGGACUGAAAAUACGUUAAAUUAAGAAAAACGGAAAAGGAGGUGUGAAGAUAAUCAGUAAGGUCUCAGGGAAGACAGGAACUUCAGUCUCUAUCCCCUGUUCUUAUGACGUAAAACACAAAAAUCAUGUGAAAUUUUUAUGUAAAGGAUAUUAUUUUAAUUACUGCUCAUUUGCAGUUAGAACAGACUCAUCGCAGGGAAUUGAAAAGUAUUCAAUCUCUGAGGACAAAACUCAAAAUAACCUGAAUAUGACCAUAAAACGGUUAACAGCUGACGACACUCAUUUCUGGUGUGGUGUGGAGAUCAAUAACGGAGCUGAUGACAGGCAGUACUUUCAGCUGUCAGUCACCACAGGUACACCCAGCCUCUCGCUGGCACACCAGAAUGUGAUUGGAUAUAUUGGAGAUAAAAUAACCAUAAACUGUAACUACAGAAACUCUGGAGGAGUAAGGUGGUGUAAGCUGGGCAGCACAUGUGUGACAAAGGCAACUGUGUCUGGAAAUAUAGAUGGAACAGCAGUAAUCAUCAACAUGACCAUCAGCAAUGUAACUAUGAGUGGACUGAAGCCAGAGAGCAGUGGUUGGUAUUACUGUGACACAGGAGAUUAUCAGAGACCAGUUCACCUGACUGUGACUGUCAAACCCACUGGUUUACAAGCGACAACAGAAGCGAUUGAGGUCACAGGAAAUCCUGCUGCUACACGACCCACUGAUCCAGGACUUGGAGAAAUCCCAAAUCGGCGAUACGUUGACCCAAAAGUCCACAUCAUCACUUUGGGUAUGCUGAGCUUGGCUGUUCUGGUGGCCCUGCUCAUGUGGUUUAUACAAAGAUGCAUAAAUAAGUUACCACACUUUUUUUUUCCUACUUGGAGAACAUCAAAGAGGAUUCAACUGACCACAAAUCAAAUGAAUGGAAAAUAGUUUACACUGCUGUUGGUUUCAAAACAAAAAGCACACCACAGAAUGAAGCAAACGAGGAAGAUGUUACAUUCAGCACAGUAGUUUACCAUAACCAAAAUAUUUAGCAUGCUCUGCUUUGUUCUCUUUAUUUCUUAUAAGAUGAAGAGUUCGUGAACUUUUAUCUUUGUGCAUGGAGAGAUCUUCUGAAUGCAAAUUUAUUUUUUACUCGUGUAUCUUCCGUCAAUGUUUUCAUCAUCAAACAUGCUGUCAAAGACUUGCCUGAAGCCUAGAUAAGCACAGGGAAAUUAUGUGAAAUAUGUGCAUGAUAUUUUUUGUUGUUGCUGCGUUUUUCUAUUCAAAUAUAACUUUGUUGUAUUGUUUGUACAAAGUUCAGUGAAUUGCAUGAAUUGUGAUGGUGGAAUUAUUUAGAAUUAAUUUGGAAUCAAAUUAUUAGACAUUAUAAAGCCCAAUAAGUAAACCUAAUGGGAAAAAUGUAAACAUUCAGUAGAAAUAUUUUUCAUGAGUUGUUGCAGUUUUAGAUUUUUUUUUUUUUCUCCUUACAGUUGGAAGCAUGUUUAAUGCCUCAUCAGUCUUUGGACUUAUGAACAGAAGAACAUACAAUUCCUUGCGUUGUGUUAAUUUAAUCUUAGCAAAAAAUAAAUAAAAAGACGGAUUAAUGUAUGACUGUAUCAUGUUCUUCUGAAGACUAAAAAUGACUGUUUCGGAGCUGUGUAUCUUGGUGCAGGGAUAACUGCAAGCACCAAAGUCUUUAUUUUCCAGUUCUCAAUUUUUUCUUUAUUAUUUAUCGUGAAAAUAUUAGGGAAAAAAUAAAACAUGGAAAACAUUUUUGUUUUUGCUUAGUAGAUUGCUCAAUAGUAGCUGCUCUACUGUAAAUGGCUGCAUAAAUCUAACUAUUUUCAUGGAUAACUUUUUUUUUCUUUUUUUUUGCAAAAAUAAAAGACUAACUUAUAUAAAAAUACAUUAUAUUCAAACGCAAGAUAUCAUGGCAACACCUCAGUUAGAAUGAUAAAAACUAUUGCAAAGCAUCCCAGCACUCUUGGUGAUUUUGUUAGGUCAGCCCCUGGAAAUGUCUUUUACUGUUCUGUGUUUUAUGUGUUUGUGGAUGAUGACUCUCGAUGUGGUUUGCUGGAGACCCAAAGCUGCAGAAAUAAUUUUGUAACCUUUUCCAGACUGAUAAAAAUGAAUGGCUUUGUUUCCCAUUUUCCAUUUUUUUUAGAUCAGCAAAAUGUUGCUCAAUGUUGCUCGUUUAGCUUAUCCUCAAACAGUUGCUCGUUAUUGUGUUAUUUCAGAAGUCUGGUAGAAAUAAGAUCAGGGUGUACUUAGUGACAUUUAAUUCAUCUUUAAGAAAAAUGUGUUUGAUCACAGUUAUGUCACAAGGGGGAAUAUUUUUUUCACAAAGAACCAUGUUGGAUUGGUUAGCUUUUUUUCUUUCAAAAACUUACUUGAAAUUUGAAAACUGCAUUUUGCCUUUACUCUGGCUGUCUUUGUUUGAUAUUUAAAUGUGUUUCAUUACAAAUGUGAGACAAAAAAAUAAGCAGAACAAAUCCAAAUACUUUCAACAGCACCAGAUGAUCCAGAAAUUGUGUAAAAUGUAUAUUUUCUACUGUCUGUUAUGUCACUAUCUUAUGUGUCUUUGUGUGUUGUAUUGAGAAAAAAUAUGGCAAUAAACCCUACAGACCUGUA